CCUUUCGCCUGUCGACAAUUCACCGCGGUCCCGCCCCAAAUCGCCCAUCAUGUCGCUUGUGUCCGGCGAGAAGACCAACUUCCAGUACAUUCUGCGUCUCCUCAACACCAAUGUUGACGGUAAGCAGAAGAUCAUGUACGCCUUGACCCAGAUCAAGGGUGUUGGUCGCCGUUACUCCAACUUGGUCUGCAAGAAGGCCGAUGUUGACCUCACCAAGCGCGCCGGUGAGCUCACCACCGAAGAGCUCGAGCGUGUCGUCACCAUCCUCCAGAGCCCCGAGCAGUACAAGAUUCCCGCCUGGUUCCUGAACAGACAGCGCGACAUCACCGACGGCAAGAACUCCCAGGUCGUCUCCAACAACCUCGACAGCAAGAUCCGUGAGGACCUCGAGCGCCUCAAGAAGAUCCGCUCCCACCGCGGUCUCCGUCACUACUGGGGUCUCCGUGUCCGUGGUCAGCACACCAAGACCACCGGUCGCCGUGGUCGCACCGUCGGUGUCAGCAAGAAGAAGAACUAAGCAUUUCCUCACUGGGAGCUUUGUGUUUAUUUUCUUUCUUUUCUUGCGCGGGUCUGGGCUACUUUGGAUCAUGGGAUUAAAAGAGAGUCGGGGGGGCAACUGUGUCUGAGAUGCUGGUGUGAUAAUGAAAAUUACCCCCUUUCGUUGGGAACCAGACAAGGGGUUUUUUGAUCUCGAGUCUCCCGCGAAAAUGAAAA